CUGUGAACCUCUGGAAAGGGAGGAAGGGGUUGGUGGUUCAGCUCUAUAAAACUUGUUAAGCAGGAAUUGCUGAACAGAAAGCUUCAGUUACCAGGUGAAAGCCCUGACCCUCGGGGAAGGGGCCCUCUUAGCUCUGCGGGAUCAAAGCUAGAAGCCGGCUCGCUGAGGACCCUGACUGACAUCUCUGAGAAAAGAUGUCUUCCAGCAAUGACCACGUUUUAGUACCAAUGUCUCAGAGAAACACCAACGGCCUUCCUGGAAUGAACUCCAGCGACAUGACGACGCUUACAGGAGAUGUGUUGAGUUUUCACAACAUCACCUAUCGAGUGAAAAUGAAAAGUGGGUUUCUAGGCCGGAAAAAGACUGAGAAGGAAAUACUCUCGGAUAUCAAUGGGAUCAUGAAACCUGGCCUCAAUGCCAUAUUGGGACCCACAGGCGGAGGCAAGUCUUCGUUAUUAGAUGUCUUAGCGGCAAGGAAGGAUCCACGAGGAUUAUCUGGAGAUGUUCUGAUAAACGGCGCACCUCAACCUGCCAAUUUCAAAUGUACUUCAGGCUAUGUGGUUCAAGAUGAUGUCGUGAUGGGCACCCUGACAGUGAGAGAAAACUUACAGUUCUCAGCAGCCCUACGGCUUCCAACAACUAUGAAGAAUCAUGAAAAAAAUGAACGGAUUAACAUGGUCAUUAAAGAGUUGGGGCUGGAGAAAGUAGCAGAUUCCAAGGUUGGAACCCAGUUUAUCCGCGGUGUCUCUGGAGGAGAAAGGAAGCGGACGAGCAUAGGAAUGGAGCUGAUCACCGACCCUUCCAUUCUCUUCCUGGAUGAGCCCACAACUGGUUUGGACUCAAGCACAGCAAAUGCUGUCCUCUUGCUCCUGAAGAGGAUGUCAAAACACGGUCGAACAAUCAUCUUCUCCAUUCAUCAGCCUCGGUAUUCCAUCUUUAAGUUGUUCGACAGCCUCACCUUAUUGGCCUCAGGGAAACUCAUGUUCCAUGGGCCUGCGCAGGCGGCUUUGGAGUACUUUGCCUCAGCAGGUUACCAGUGUGAGCCGUACAAUAACCCUGCCGAUUUCUUCCUGGAUGUCAUCAAUGGAGAUUCUUCUGCUGUAGUGUUAAAUAGAGAGGAAGAACCCCAGAGAGAAAACAAAACUGAAGAGCCCUCCAAGAGAGAGAAGCCAAUCAUAGAAAACUUAGCUGAGUUUUAUGCCAACUCCUCCAUCUACAGAGAAACAAAAGCUGAAUUAGAUCGACUUCCAAGGAAUCAAAAAAAGAAAGGAAUAUUAGCCUUCAAAGAGACGACGUAUACUACCUCCUUCUGUCAUCAACUCAGAUGGAUUGCCAAGCGUUCAUUCAAAAACUUGCUGGGGAACCCUCAGGCCUCCGUAGCUCAGCUAAUUGUCACAAUCAUACUGGCACUGAUUAUUGGUGCGAUUUACUUUGACCUGAAAAAUGAUUCCUCAGGAAUCCAGAAUAGAGCUGGGGUGCUCUUUUUCCUGACCACCAACCAGUGUUUCACCAGUGUGUCAGCUGUGGAGCUCUUCGUAGUGGAGAAGAAACUCUUCAUACACGAGUACAUCAGUGGAUAUUACAGAGUAUCUUCUUACUUCUUUGGAAAGCUGAUAUCUGACUUACUACCCAUGAGGUUUUUGCCAAGUGUUAUAUUCACUUGUAUAUUAUACUUCAUGUUAGGACUAAAAAACGAGGUGGGGGCUUUCUUCAUCAUGAUGUUCAGCCUUAUGAUGGUGGCUUAUACAGCCAGCUCCAUGGCACUGGCCAUAGCUGCAGGCCAAAGUGUGGUAUCCGUGGCAACACUUCUCAUGACAAUCUCUUUUGUAUUUAUGAUGAUUUUUUCUGGUCUUUUGGUGAAUCUCACAACCAUUGAGCCUUGGUUGUCCUGGCUCCAGUACUUCAGCAUUCCUCGAUACGGCUACACAGCUUUGCAGUACAAUGAAUUCUUGGGACAGGAUUUCUGUGGCGGACUCAAUGUAACCGCCAACAACACCUGCGAUUACAGCAAUAUGAUGACUUGUACUGGUGAUGCCUACUUGGAAAGACAGGGCAUCGAUCUCUCACCUUGGGGACUGUGGAGCAAUCACGUGGCUCUGGCUUGUAUGAUUAUUAUCUUCCUCACAAUUGCCUACCUGAAACUGUUAUUUCUUAAAAAGUAUUCUUAAAUUCCCCUUUACCAUACUAUUAAUUGUACUCCCAUUAAAUGCAGACACUUUGAUUGAUGUA